GGCGGGGCUCCUGUCACCGUGCUUACCACUGCUGUGUCCUGUGAUUGGCUAAUUCUGCCAUCUGUCAGGGGGGUUUAAAGGCAUGGGGCAGAUUAAAGUAGAUUAGGAUGGGCAGGGAGGGAGAGAGAGCGCAUGCUGGCAUCAGACUCUGGUCACCACAGCGAUGGCUUCACCAGGGAAACAUUGCUGCAUCCUCCUCCUCUUCCUCCAUCUGCAGGCGUCUGCCUGCCUCCACCGACAACCUGCAGACAGUGCUGCUGUUUCUCUGGAAUACGACAUCGGGAGCAAUAAAAGGGUGAAGGCAGAGCAAUAUUUGAUACCUGCAGAGAGAGGAUUUGGACAACUGCAGUCUUCAGAUGCAUCACGCAGGAAAUUACUUCAGACACCAGGAGCUGCAGUUCCCCUCCCUCCUCUAAAGGUGUUGUCCGAUGGGCAGCCCUGCCUCUUGUUCCAGGCCAGGAAACUGUCUCUCCGCUAUGACAAGCAGAAACACCUGGACCUCACAGAGCGAGCCUUUUCUCCUCAGAAACCUGUCGACACCAGUCAGUCUGUCUGUCGCAAGGACAAAGCCACGCUGGUCAUGAGGUUUGGAGAUGUGGAGGAUUUGAAAGGCCUUUCCAUCAGACUGCAGCUGUCCAACAGCUUUUAUGAGUCUUCGGGGCAGUGGUGGUUCUCGGUGGACAGCGUCUCGCUGCUCUACAACAUUUCUGAAGAGGCUGUGUUCAAUGCCAGCGAGGUGUACGCUCCAGCUUCCUCCUCCUACCGCUGCAUCCACGUCAGCAGCCUGGAGCGAUACAGUGCCCUGCUGCUACCUGGCACUGACCAAGCCCGCCGCUGGUCCAUCACCUUUACAGACUUCCAGAUUCAGGCCUUCAGCGUCACCUCGGGAAAGUUUUCUCCUGCAAGCGACUGUACCACCUUCUUGACGCCAGCCAUCCUGAUGGGCCUCGUCACCUCCCUCAUCCUGCUGCUGGUGCUGGCCUAUGCCCUGCACAUGCUCAUCCACUUGAAACACAUUGAGCAUGACGAGGAGCACAAAGCCGACGUCUACUUCCCAAAAAGCCCUGAACACUUGGAACAGUACUGCGUGGAAAACCUCACUGAGAAAAAUGUUAUGUAGGUUAGGCAGUGAGGUGAUGGACAGACUUUUAACAGUUACAGUUUUGAAAAAGUGAAAUGCAGCUGAUCUGAUAGCUGGCACCAAACCGGGUGUGACAUACUCUCAGCCCAGGAUCAAUUUUUUUUUUUUUAAACGGACAUUUCUAAACUUUUGUAAUUUACCCAUGAGAGGAUUUCUGUUUUUGUCUUAAUAAAAAUAUGAAAUGAAAAUUCUGGUUUCUUUUAUAUUUGUAGUGUUUGAUUGAAUUUCUUGCUUUUCAGUUUGAAGACAUAGCAGAAUAAUUGUUUAUAGAGCUAGCUGUAUGUCAGCUAUAAGUACUAGUCUCUUCAGGGAAAUACAAAAAGAAAAUUAAAAUUUGGUUAGAGGAUUUAAAUCCUGACGGAGCAGACCGAGACUUAAAAGAACCAUGAAGACAGCUAAAAACAACUGAAAUUAUUUAAUAAGCUAGCAACCUCCCUUGCCACGUGUAGGGAAAAUACAAAUAUACAUAUGCAAAAUCA